AUGGGCCUUGUGGGCCUAGAGCCGCUGCUGAGCGAAGCCGUCUCCAUGCAAAGGAUCGUCCCCGUGUGGAGUCUCCCUGUGACUGUCACCAGGAGCACCGACCUCAGGAGCACUCGCCCCAGCAACAGCCCCCCUGCCCCGCCCCCCGCGGCCAGCGGCUGCCAGCGCGCAGGCGCGGAGCCUCCCGUCGUCGCGGCGAACGCGCGCGUCCCUCCCCGCGCCCGGGAGCGCGCACGCCGCGGCCGGGCACGCGCACGCCGCCGCGCCCCGCCCCCACGGCGCGGCGAGCCCGAGGCCCCAGGGCGGCGGGUCCCGGUCCGGGCGGGCCCGCGGCGCGCGGAGAUGGAGGCCGGGCCGCGGCCGCGCCGGGUGCUGCGCUCGCUCAACUCGCGCGAGCCGGCCCAGGUCAUCUUCUGCAACCGCAGCCCGCGCGUCGUGCGGCCGCUCUGGCUCAACUUCGACGGCGAGCCGCUGCCCUACCCCACGCUGCCGCCGGGCACCGGCCGCCGCAUCCACAGCUUCCGCGGUCACCUGUGGCUCUUCAGGGACGCGGGCACCUACGACGGGCUGCUGGUGAACCAGACGGAGCUGUUCAUGCCAUCUCUCAAUGCGGACGGGCAGCCCAUCUUCGCCAACAUCACGCUGCCAGUGUACACCCUCAAGGAGCGCUGCCUCCAGGUGGUCCGGAGCCUGGUCAAGCCCGAGCAUUACCGGAGCCUGGACAUCGUGCGCUCCCUCUACGAGGACCUGGAGGACCACCCGAACGUGAGGCGGGACCUGGAGCGGCUGACCCAGGAGCACCUGGAGAGCCAGCAGCGGGAGGACGAGCCGCAGGACGGGCCCUGAGCCUGGACAGGCCCCCCCUCC